AUGUCUAGUUUUCUUCCUUCGAUUGAUACCGUUGGCAAAAGUUCUCUCGUCGCCGCGAAGAGGAUUUACUCGGCCGUUGAUUGCUUGGAAGGAGCUACGAGCAAUGGUCGCGGAGGGAGAAAGAAGAAUAGAAGGAAUCGGGCGCGUUCAAUGGAUGAUCAUACGCCUCACCAGAAAUCUGAAAGAAAAAAAGAAUACUCUCAGGAGUUGAGGAUGCGGAAGGAUAAAGCCCGAAUUGCGCGUGAAGAAAGUCUGGUAGAGCGAGAAAACAUGAAGGUUCUUAAAGAGAGGGGACUCCGCGAGAAGAAAAGACUGAAUCAGUUAUUUUCAGUUUACGCUGUACAGCACGGAUCCGCGUAUAGAGAAAGUGCAAAAGUCGUCAAACCGAAAUUUCCAGUUUUGUUAAAAAGUACAAAGAGUACAAAAACCACUGCGAUGUCGCGCGAGAAAAUUUCGCUUCCGCACAGCCCGCUUCCGAAUUUGCCCUCUGACAGCAGAGAAGGUUCCCAGGAAUAG